GGGAUGCUCUGAGCAUGUGCAGAGCAGCUCGGCGGCGGCGGUGGCGGCUGCCUGGGCUUAGUUGAGCUGAGCUGAGCUUUGCGCCCGGGGCCCGCUGCUGCUGCUGCUGCUGCUGCUGCCGCCAACAGCCCUCCCGGGUCCCUAGAGCCGCGGUGGCCCAGCCGUAAGCUCCCCCAGCUUCCCCGCGGCCUGGGGGAGCGGUGCGGAUCUCCGAGCGCACCCCUGGUCCUGCUCGAUCGGUGCCACGGGGACCCCAAGAUGAUGGCGGAGCAGGUGAAAUGCGCCUCUCCGGGGGGCGGCUCCGGCGCGGCGGCGGUGAACGCCGAGCUGGAGGUGAAGAAGCUGCAAGAGCUGGUGCGCAAGCUGGAGAAGCAGAACGAGCAGCUGCGCAGCCGGGCGGCCAAUGCAGUGACCGCCGCCGCCGCCGCCCCGCACCUGCUGCUGUUGCCGCCGCCGACGCCGCCGCCUCCUGCACAAUCCCCGGCCGGGGCCUGCAGCCCGUUGUUGAGCCCGCGGAGCCCCCCGGCUGCAGCAGCCAACGCCAGCCCGGGAGCCCUGGCGCUCGGCUUGGCUUUGGGCACCGGGGCUGGCGGCGGCAGCGGCGGCAGCGGCGGUAGCAGCGGCAGCAGCAGUGGCGUCUGCAGUCCCGCGUACCCCCCUGCCUCCUACUGCCUCCCCAGCCCGGCGCCCUCCUUGCUCUGCAGCCUGGCGCAGCAGCCCCCCGACGCGCCCUUCGUGUACUUCAAGCCCGCCGCGGGCUUCUUCGGCGCGGCUGGUUCGGGGCCGGAGCCCGGGGGCGCUGGCUCGCCUCCCGGGGGACCCCCUGAGCCGCCCUCGCCGCCCCCUACGCUGCUGGACGAGGUGGAACCCCUGGAGCUGGACAGCGUGGCCGCCUGGAAGGAGGAGGACAACUACACCUGGUUAUAUGUUGGUUCUCCCAAGACAUUCACACUGUCUGAAAAAAACCCAAGCCCUUUGCAGUGGUGUAGACACGUCCUGGAUAAUCCAACUCCGGAGAUGGAAGCAGCCAGGCGUUCUUUGUGCUUCAGACUGGAGCAAGCUAGCCGAUGGCGGAGUCUCUUCUCUUCAAACGUCUCCCUGGCUUUUCCCUAUAGUCCUGUUGCAAGACUCAGCCCUUAUAGCAAUGGCAUUAGCACUCCCAGCUUCUCUAAAACUUCAAAUAAAGCAAUACUAACACCUGAACGAACAGGUUACACCUCUAGAGGUUCCCCUCUCAGUCCCCAGUCUUCAAUCGACAGUGAGCUGAGCACGUCGGAGUUAGAGGACGACUCUAUCUCCAUGGGCUAUAAGCUGCAAGACCUCACUGACGUCCAGAUCAUGGCUCGUCUACAGGAAGAAAGUCUCAGGCAAGAUUAUGCUUCUACUUCAGCAUCAGUGUCAAGACAUAGUUCCAGUGUGUCCUUGAAUUCGGGCAAGAAAGGGACUUGUAGUGAUCAAGAGUUCGACCGAUUCAGCCUGGAGGACGAGGAAGAAUUCGAUCAUUUGCCACCCCCCCAGCCUCGCCUUCCAAGGUGUUCAACUUUCCAAAGAGGAAUUCCCCAUUCACAGACUUUCUCCAGCAUCCGGGACUGUCGGCGGAGCCCCAGUUCCCAGUAUUUUCCUUCUAAUAGUUCCCAGCAACAGCAACAGCAGCAGCAGCAACAACAGUAUUAUUCACCUCAAGCUCAAACUCCAGAUCAACAACCAAAUAGGACCAAUGGAGACAAACUCCGGAGAAGUAUGCCCAACCUCGCCCGGAUGCCGAGCACAACCACUGUCACGAGCAACAUCAGCUCUCCUGUCACCGUGAGAAACAGCCAGAGCUUUGACUCCAGUUUGCAUGGAGCAGGAAAUGGAAUUUCAAGGAUACAGUCUUGUAUUCCAUCCCCAGGGCAGCUCCAGCAUCGGAUCCACAGCGUGGGACACUUCCCAGUGUCGGCCCGGCAGCCCCUGAAAGCAACAGCUUAUGUGAGCCCCACGGUUCAAGGCAGCAGUAACCUGCCCCUCUCCAAUGGCUUGCAGAUGCACCCCACCACAGGGAUCCCCACCCCCAACAAAGCCGCAGCUUCAGGAAUCGUGGGCCGCAGCUCACUGCCCAGACCGUCUUUGGCAAUAAAUGGAAGUAACCUGCCUCGGAGCAAAAUUGCACAGCCUGUUAGAAGUUUCCUUCAGCCUCCAAAGCCUCUGUCUUCGCUCAGUACUCUGAGGGAUGGAAAUUGGAGAGAUGGUUGCUACUGAUGGAUGCUGUUGGAUUCUACCCUGGAAGUGUGGAAAUGAGGGUGGUGUUACCUAGCGGGCUGGGUAACAGUGGGUGCUGGGGAUAUUCUUUCCCUUUUGCGUUUUAACAUUACUGCAUUAUUUUCCAAUGGACCAAUCACCAGAGACUAAUUAUUGCACUUAAAUAUUUGCCUGAGAUACUGCAGCAUUCUCAAACCCACAGUUGCAGUAUUGUGACACUUAGAUCUAGAAAGUUUUUGUAGAACUGCUACGUACCUGGAAUACAUUUUUUGAAAGAAUUGAGAAGUACCAAUAAUUCUUUCUUUGUCAUAUGAUUUUUUUAAAGAAACUUGUUCACUCUACUUACACAUUCUAAACAUCUUUUCACUUUGUGUUCUGUAUUUUAAUACUUUGCAUAUUUACAACUAGGUUCUACAACACAUGCUUUGAAAUUUACUUUUUUUAUAAUUUACAGGAAUUUUUAUUUUUUGGUGCCUAUUUCUUUUUACACACCUAUGUGAACCACGAUGGAACAACUUAAAAUUUUGUGCCAUAAAAAUAUUUUUGUGGUAAGGUACUAUUUUUUUAGCUCUAGGGAUAUAUCAACACAAAGUUCACCAUUCAAAUUCGAGAGACAUACUAUUAUGUUGAAAGAGCACAACAUAAUCUGAAGCAUUGCAAGGAGGUAGCCGGACAGCAGUUUUUAAGUCUUGUCUUUUUCAUUGUUAAUUUAUUGUUGUACAUGGGUUUCAUAUUUAUGACGACAUCACAGGCUCAUUGCACUCAAUACCUGCAAUGUUUGCUACUGUACCACCACUGGUUUUCAAUACUUUAUUACAGAGGAUGAAACUGUAAUGUUUUAUUAACAAUGCUCCUGGAAAUGAAUGCAUUUUAAAGCAAAUAAACCUUUUUGAUAGACCUUUUACAAAACCCAUUUGCACUAAUGAAUGCUUUCUUAUGGUAUAUGACUUAAUAUUUGUUCCUGUGUACACUGCUGUUUUGGAAUGUUCAGAAAUAAAGACUAUUUCAGCAAUCCCA